AUGGCUGCUCUGGUCGGCGUCCUGAACGAAAGCUUAACGGAGAGCAUCAAGGCUUUCUAUAAACUAAGGAAAGCGUACAUCGCAUUGGAUAAUAUAAUGCAAAUGGAGGAGAAGUACCUCCGGGAGGAAUCCGCAAGAAAGAUGGCCUCCUCUAAUAUCUCAUUGCCACCUAACCACUCCCUUACAGUGCCCACAAAGCCAUUAGUAAACAGAAGCGAUACAUCGAAAGACCCCGGAAUCACUUCCGACAGGGCCUCAGGCUCCCAGUUCGGAAAUGAUAAGCCAGACGAACCGCGGCUUUCCAACGAUGUCACGGCGUUUUCUUCCACAGAUGCUGAAAAAUCAUCAUCACAACCUCCAGAACCACCUCCAUCUCCCACACGUCACCUGGAUCAGGAUCCCGACUCCGAUUUAUUUACAAAUCCCGUAGAUGCAUUUGUACAUUCCGGCGCAAACCUCUGCUUCGGACUUUUAUUGCUCCUUAUCUCGAUGGUUCCGCCUGCAUUUUCUAAAUUGCUCUAUAUUGUGGGCUUUAGAGGAGACCGGCGUCGGGGUCUUCGGAUGCUGUGGCAAGCUAGCAAAUUCCAUAACUUAAAUGGCGCAAUUGCGGGUUUGGCACUGCUGGCCUACUAUAAUGGUUUUAUCCGGCAUUGCGACAUCAUCGACGACUGUCCGAGUGAAAAUGAAGACAGGGUCGACAGCUAUUCGGAACACCGACUCACUGCUUUGUUGUCAGUGAUGAGACAUCGAUUCCCCCAUAGCCAUCUUUGGCUCUUAGAGGAAUCUCGGAUGCAAGCUGCAAAGAAAAAUUUAGGCGCGGCCCUGGAGCUCCUCUCUGGAGAUACUAAAAGCCCUCUGAAGCAGGUUGAAGCGCUAUGUGUGUUCGAAAAGAGUUUGACUUCUAUGUAUCUUCAUAAAUACGAAUUGUGCGCGGAAUCAUUCAUCCAGUGUGCUGAACUCAAUUCGUGGUCCCGAGCUUUGUAUUAUUAUAUUGCUGCAUCAGCUCAUCUUGCAAUCUACAGGCAAAAUGCCCUAGAUUCGCCUACGCUAGCCAAGGAGCAUGCUGCCAAAGCCGUUGAAUUAUUCCAGAAGGUUCCGUCGCAAGCGGGCAAGAAGAAAUUUAUGGCCCGACAGCUUCCAUUUGAUGUUUUUGUUACCCGGAAAAUCACAAAAUGGGAAUCACGUGCCAAGGAAUGGAAUGUUGGCUUUAUCGACGCGAUCGGCGUCGACCCAUUGGAAGAAAUGAUCUACUUAUGGAACGGGCACAGCCGCAUGAACGAGGAAGAACUUCAAAAUUCGCUGAGGUGCUUGGCGUGGUCGGAAAGCGAGCAAAAUAAACACUGGGAUCGCGAAAAUGAAGACGAGUUCGCGAUUUUGGCUCUCCUCCGGGCUUCCAUAUUCCGUUUUCUGGGAAGACAUGAAGAAUCGAAGAAACUCUUGCGGUCGAAAAUCCUUGUUCAUGACCCGGCGACAUUCAAAGGCCAUUUGAAAGAUGACUGGACUUGCCCGACAGCCCACUACGAGAUGGCAGCGAAUUUGUGGAUGGAACGCUACUCAUAUCGGCCAAUUUGUUCCACUGCAGGAGGUGUCCCCGCCAAUGGCUCGCAAAGUCAGUCUAAAUCUACCUCGGCAACGGAGAUGAACCAUGUCCCCAAACCGUCAAUGUCAAUAUCCUCUAAGACAAGCCACGAAUCGAACGAAAACGGAGAAGCUCAUGAUCGGCGGAAGGUCCGCGAAUGCAGAGAAUGGAUUGAGAAAGUUGCGAAGUGGGAAACUCAGGGAGGCCCGGUUUUCAUAUAUUUGAUCCCUUCUACAGUAUUCCUCUAUCUUAAAUGUUUCACUCUAUUCAAGCGCCCGGGGGCUUUAAGAAAUGAGAUGGCAGGGGCAUCCUCGUCACAACGGGCCGGCAAUGACGUAGUGCCGGUUGAACGACAGAUCUUGGAGAAGAGCAGGCCUGGAUAUGAUGAUAAUGAAGAUGACGAUGAUUAUGGUCUCAAUUACUUUGAAAACUUGCCACGAAAUCGAACUUCCAGUAUCUCCACACACCAAUCCGCCAGCUUGAGCAGAAUCCAGUCGGCAAUCUCGACUGUCUCCCAGCAUUACAAUGCCACCCUCAACCAUGUCCGGAGUCGGAACCCGGACCAGAUGCGGCCUUUCACCCAUCCGCUGUCGCAUCAAAAGACGUCACGCGAUACCCUCGUUGACUUUGAUGGGUCGGACGAUGCGUAUCACCCGAUGAAUUGGUCAUUUCGUAAAAAGGCCAUCACAACAUUUUUAUAUGGGUUGACGACAAUGGGUUCUACGUGGUCCAGUGCAGUCUAUUCGCCCGGGAUCACACAAGUUGACGCCGACUUCCAUAUCUCAGAAGAAGUGGGGGUGCUGGGGGUCAGCUUGCUGCUGUUUGGUUUUGGUCUGGGGCCUUUACUGUGGGCCCCGCUAUCCGAACUCUAUGGGCGCAAGCCCGCUGUCCUCUUCCCGUAUUUUCUCGCUGCGAUAUUUAUGUUCACAGCCGGCAGCGCAAAGGACAUCCAAACGGUUCUCAUAUCCCGUUUCUUCUGUGGUUUCUUUGGCUCCGCGCCUGUCACUAACACAGCUGAAGAGCGAGGUGUCGCUAUUGUCGGUUAUGCGAUGGCUGUUGUUGGAGGACCCAGCUUGGGACCCAUCGUUGGGGCAGCUAUCGUGCAGAGUUAUCUGCGUUGGAGGUGGACGGAAUAUAUAACGGGGAUAAUGAUGAUUUUCUUCCUUAUCCUCGAUAUCAUAUUCGUAGACGAAUCCUACCCUGCCAUCCUCCUUGUCAAAAAAGCCCGUCGUCUCCGAUAUGAAACGGGCAACUGGUCGCUACACGCUCCCCAUGAAGAAUGGGAUGUCAGCUUCGCCGAAAUGAAGUCCGUGACUAGAGCCAGUGUCGGCCACUACCAUUCCUCGGCUGCUGUGAGUGUCAUCCUUGGCGCAGGUGCCAAUCUGUUUAACCAGAAAUUCUACCUGAAGAAAUUCCGCACCAACAACCGGAGACCAGUUCCUGAAGCCCGUCUUCCGCCCAUGAUGGUCGGCUCCGUGUUCUUCUCCGCUGGCCUAUUCAUCUUCGGCUGGACGUCGCCACCGCACUUCCCCUGGGUCGCGCAGGUAAUCGGUACAGUAUCCAUGGGCUUUGGGUUCUUCACCGUCUUUCCAAGCAGCCUUGAAAUUACCUGA